GAGGAGGGCGGUGGGGGUCAGAGGAGUCCGGCGCCAUGGGUCAGAGCCCGGCCCCUCGGCCCGGCCCGUCGCCAUGAAGUCGGCGACGGGCUCCUCCCCGGCCGGCGGCCGGCCCAACGCUUCGCAGGCCGGGAACUGGUCGGCGGGCCCGGGGUCUCCGGCCGGCUCCUCCCUCUCGUCGGUGUCCAUCCCGCUGGCCAUGAUGGUCACCGGGCUGGCGGGCAACACGCUGGCCCUGCUGCUGGUCACCCGCAGCUACCGGCGCCGGGAGAGCCGGCGGCGCCGCUCCUUCCUGCUGGGCAUCGGCGGGCUGGCGCUGACCGACCUGGCCGGACAGCUGCUCACCAGCCCGGUGGUCAUCGCCGUCUACCUGUCGGGCCAGAGCUGGCACUGGCUGGACCCGUCGGGCCGCCUCUGCGACUUCUUCGGGCUGAGCAUGACGGCCUUCGGGCUGUGCCCGCUCUUCCUGGCCGGGGCCAUGGCGGUGGAGCGGGCGCUGGCCAUCGGGGCCCCGCACUGGUACUCCGCCCACCUGCGCGGGGGCACCCCCCGGGCCGUGCUGCUGGGCGCCUGGAUGGCCGGCCUGGCCUUCGCCCUGCUGCCCCUGGUCGGCGUCGGACAGUACGGCGUCCAGUGGCCCGGCACCUGGUGCUUCAUCAGCACGGCCGGGGGGCAGCCCCAAGGGGGCCGGACCCCCCGAGGCCGCCGCUUCUUCGCCGCCUCCUUCGCCGGCCUCGGCCUGACCGCCCUGGCCGUCACCUUCGCCGGCAACCUGGCCACCAUCCGCGCCGUGGUGGCCCGCUGCGGGGCCGGGGCCGGGGCCAAGGGCCCCCCCGGGACCCCCACCCAGCCCGGCGCCCGCUGGGGCAGGAUCACCACCGAGACCGUCAUCCAGCUCAUGGGCAUCAUGUGCGUCCUCUCCGUCUGCUGGACGCCCCUCCUGAUCAUGAUGUUGAAAAUGAUCUUCAAUCAAUCAUCGAUGGAGCCCUGCCCUUUCAACAACUUUCAGCCUGUGGAAAAUCAGAAAGAAUGCAAUUUGUUCUUAAUGGCGAUCCGCUUGGCUUCUCUGAACCAGAUCUUGGACCCCUGGGUUUAUCUGCUGCUAAGGAGGAUCCUUCUGCAAAAGUUUUGUCAGAUAGCUAAUGCUAUCUCCUGCUGCUCUAAAAGUGGACAGAAAGGGCAGCCUAUCUCAAUGUCAGACGAAGUCACACAGACAGGAGCAUGAAAGCGAACACUUAACCAACUUGCAUGCUAACUGCUUUUGACAUCCAGUAGUCUUAAACCUUACUGUGAAUUUAGGCAUCUACAGCAUGCCAGUGUGCACACCUCCAAGAAGGAUCUUGCUAGAAGGAUGUAAGGACUCAGCUUGAUAAUUCUAUUUCCCAUAGGUGCCAAAACUAUUCAGGAAAGGAGAAUAUCUUAACAAUGAUCUGGUAUUCUUGUAUCUUUCCCAUUUAGAGUUGAACAUGUGAUGAAUCCAAGCAGUUUUCUGAUGAACUUUCUUCGGUGGAUUGGGUCAGAACUGAGCAUUGCAAACUAUUUUAUAAAUCAUUGAAACAGUGGGGGUUCACUGGAGAGUUGGUCCUCUUUGGUCCUAAAACCAAAUUUCCCCCCUUUUUUAUUAAUUUUAGAGGAAAGGAUACAAAAGUUAAAAGAAAAUAAUCUAAGGACUUUUUUCUUUUGUGGUUAAAUCAUUGGAAACCAAAUUGGGACGGAAAGUGUCACAGGAUGGGUUAAUAUUGAACUUUUCCCUUUUUUUUCCUCCAAAUUAAUCCAGAGUUUAAAAGUUGCCUUACAGAUUUUUCAUUUUAAUCAAUUCUCCCGGUUCUAUACCGUCAUGGGAAUUGUGUUCUUAAAGGGACUGGCUGAGUCCGCAUGCUUACAGCAAAGAGUUUCCUCUGACAUUAUGUCACGUAUCGCCAAAUGGGCUCACUUGAUUGGAGGAACUCUCCUUAAUUCCCUAGCAACUUUCUAGGAAAAACUUAUAGUGAAAGUUUUCAUUAUGACAGAAUUGAAGAUUCAAUCCACACUCCACUGCUCUGGGUUUUAUAAGUGAUGGGGGUAUUUGGGAAUAUCUCAAUGCAAAGUUGUCUCCCUUUUUAGUAAUGGUGCCAAUUUUAUAAAGUCUGCAGAUGGAUUUUGAAACACUUUAUGUUGUUAUUGAAGUAAUUUUUUAGAAAUGGAAAAAUUCAUUAGAUAUUUGAUCUGAGGAGUAAAUAUCUCCUUUUCACUUAAUUAUCUCUAAUAUGUUGAAUAUGCACAUGGAAUAUGCCUCAACGUCUUUGCUUCUUGAAAAGAAAAUCAUCAAAAAUCAGAAUUGCAACUCUAAUUUUGGGAAAUUCAAGCAUUUUUGAUCAUUACAAUUGUGUUGAACUUUCAGAUUUGAUGAUACUAUAUUGAAUACUAAGGACUUUUUUUCACUAAAGAAAAAAUUAAAUAUUAUAGGGCUGGAUGGGACCUUAUUUCCUCCAAAAACUGUAACCGGUAAUGCAAAUUGAUUAUGUGUAUGAAUAACUUUCAAACCAGUCAUAAUAUCCUAAUCCUGCACUUCAUGUGCGGUAGGACAGUUUAUAUUUCAUUGUUCUGUUAAUCUAUUGGAUUUAUCUAAUAUUACUCAACUAGGAUCUCAAGAAUCUUUGACAUUGUAAUUGAAGUGCAUCUUUAACAACAAUAAAGCUCUUUUAGGGCUUAUCUGGAUGGAAAGAGAAA